UUUGUUAUUUACAGUGACAAGUGGGUAACUAACGCUCUCCCUGAUGUAUCUAAACUUGAGGGCUACAACGUCUUUGCGUUAUCCUUCCUCCUGAGCACUGGUGCAGCGGAUCAAGCCAUGGCCUGGCAACAACUGGAUGACAAUACAAGAAAGAGCCUCAAGAGCAAAUAUGAGAGUGCUGGUAUCAAGGUCAUUGUUUCUGCUUUCGGUGCAACGGAGACGCCUACUACUGCAGGUGCCGAUGCGACAAAGGUUGCUAACGAUAUGGCUAAUUGGGUAAAGAAGUAUAACGUUGAUGGUAUUGAUGUCGACUAUGAAGACCUUGGUGCUAUGAAUGCUGGUGAUGGUAAGGCUGAGGAAUGGCUUGCUACUUUCACUAAGACUCUUCGCGGUCAACUUCCUCAAGGCAAAUACAUUAUCACCCAUGCUCCGCUCCCGCCUUGGUUUAACAGUGAAAGCUACAAGGGUGGAGGAUACCAGAAGGUGAACAAGGAAGUCGGCAACAUGAUUGAUUGGUACAACGUCCAAUUCUACAACCAGAAUGACUACACUGAUUGUGACAGCCUUUUGACCAAAUCGAAGACUAAGACAUCCUUGUUUGAGAUUGCGGGCACUGGUGUUGACAAAAACAAGCUCCUUAUAGGUAAACCUGCGACAGCAGCGGAUGCAAGCAACGGCUUCAUGGACACGAAGACUCUUGCGGGUUGCGUCAAGCAAGCGAAAGACAAGGGCUGGAAUGCAGGUGUCAUGGUCUGGCAGUACCCUAAUGCUGAUUCGCAGUGGAUCAAAGAUGUUCGUGGAGACGCUUUCCCAGUGGGCAAGUAA